UUUGAGUUAUGUUGGAUGAGCGUGUGGCAUCUCUGAAGCGAAAUCGCCAUUAGCGUUGUUUCUUAAUCACAAUAUAGUAUAUCUUGAAGUAUUCUGUUCUUAUGAUUUAUUCUAACUGUACACUAAAUGCAACGAUAUGAAAUAUCUUCGACGGUGCUCAGAGUUGCAGUGUUUGCUUAUGCAAUUUACGAACUCAAAAACUUUAUCGGGUGUUUAACAGAUCCACUUUAUAAUCAAACGAUCAAGAUAGUAACAAAUUCUCGGGAAUGCAUACGCGUAGUUAAUACGCUACGAACCCAUUGCCAGGAGCACCCAAUUCUUGGACUCGAUUGUGAAUGGGUAAGUGAACGAGGCAGGCGCUACCCUGUGGCCCUUCUGCAAUUGGCAACGCACCGUGGAUUCUGCGCACUAUUCCGGCUGUGCGAGAUGAGGCGGAUUCCUUCUGAGUUGCGUAAUCUUUUGAAUGAUCCCAGUAUUUUGAAAGUCGGUGUUGCUCCGGACGUAGAUGCAAACUAUUUGGAGGAGGAUUACAAUAUUCGUGUAAUAAGAACACUGGAUUUACGACACCUAGCGAGGGACAGUGGUUUUCCGUGGCCAUACGGGAUGGCUAAUUUGGCUAAAAAUGCGUUGGGGAUUACGAUGGAUGAGGACGGGACUAUUAGUGCCUCUGACUGGGAGUCCUCGGAUUUAACUGAUCGGCAGAUUAAGUACGCAGCAAACGAUGCACAUGUGGCGGUGGAACUGUUUGAAGUACUUGCUAAGCGGUUUGUAUCACGAGGAAGUUUUACGUCACAAAGAGACUGGUUAGAGCGGGUGAUGAAGUGCGUGGAAUAUUGCAUUGAUCAGCCAUUUGUAGACACAAGUAUAGUUUUCAAAACGUAAGAAAAAGAACUCGAUUUAUAAUGCAUCCAGCAAGUAGCAACUUGCCACUAGGCGGCGCUACGACCCGCCAGUAUACAAACUUGAAUGCAAUGAUGAUUUACGCAUGCGAACAUGUCAUGAUGAUGUUCAAUAUAUUUAACGUAUAACAGCCAAUCAUGCUUCUAUCUGCAACCUGGAAAAUACUUUGAAUGGACCAUUCUGAUAGAAUAGGAAUUAAGAAUCUCUACAUACAUCGAUAUAGCUUAAUUUUAUUGUAACAGUACAUUUUUUGAACCCUUAAGGGGUUAAGUUUGAAUUUUUAUAAAGGUAUGUAGCCAUAUUUUUUAUGAAAUACUUGUUAUACGUUUAGGGUAGUACAAUGUCCAAUUUGCAAAAUCCACUUGACAAAAUAAAAAAAAUUUAUAAUUGUCGAAGCUAUAGCAAUUUCCGCAAAACGCUUUGUUUUAAAGAGAUUUGCCGUGACUACGAUUCCAGUCCAACAGCUCAACAGAAACCAUCACACUAAAAAAAAUCAUUAGUAUAUGUACCUAUGGUGUCUGUUGGAUUGCGGCUCGUGGGUCGAGUUAAAACUCCCAAACACCAUCGGCAUUGACUUCCAACAAUUCCAAAUCCAGCGUUACCUCCUUUUCUACCUUUACUGAUCUGUAGGCCUUUCUUACACUGUUCCCUGAUGUUCAAUCCUUUCCUUUCCUGUAGAUGUUCCUUCUCCAAAGUGUCCCACUUCCUUCCAAAAUUGUAUCCUAGUUCAUAGGUGAAAUUCGGUUCCGAAUAAAAGUACCACUUCCGAAUAACGUUCCGAAUAAUAAUCACUUUAUUGAAACUAAACAAUACACAGAUUUAUUGUAAAAGAUGCGCGUGUAGAGGCCGUGUUUAUUUAAAGGCAAUCGGUUGGCUACUGACAGGCCAGAAUUUUUUCCUACUAUCUUCUACCUACUAUCGUUCGGAUCUGCAUACUACUUCGCUAUCAUACAAUCAGUGUAUGUGAUAACAAUUAGAGAUGCUCCUUUUUCUUUUAGACGAUAAGAGUAUAACAGUUAGUUUAUAGUUUAGGAUAAUGUAGGCAUAGCAAAAUUUAGAUACUAACUACUAAUUGCAACAUUACCGGUCCCCUUGAACUAGUUUCAACUAUAUAAUCUAGACAUAUAACACUAAAAUUGACCAUUAACAAUAGAAAGCUUAUAUCUAACAAACAUGUAAAAUUUAAGGACCUUCUGUACUCUCUUCUGCUAUGGCAUUUUUGUGUUCCGAUGGCAGUGGACAUAUUCGGCAUACGGGUCUUCUGUAUAUUCCGUUUGCUGUCUUUACAGUCACUACGCGAACGAUACCUUUUUCACCAGGAUGCACCUCGAUGAUUCUGGCUAAAGGCCAGCGCAGUGGUGGCAGGUUGUCCUCUCGUAGUACCACGAUGCUACCGAUACGAAUUGGGCUUGGUUGCAGAUUCUUGCUCGAUGUUUGUUACCUGCGCAAUGUCGAGCAACACAAACCCCUGGGAAAACGGGGCAACAACCAACAUGAGCUCAACCAUGAGCCAAAUUGACAUAUGGAGGAUUAUGAAGGGAAGUAAAAAGAGCUUGAAAAUCAGGCUUGCAACUACGUAGCGAUAUAUAAAACUAACCUAAAAUUAAUGCUAAAUGGAAUUAACCUAUCAUAAAAACAAUCAUUGCCGUGAACUAAUCGAGAGCGUAAAGGUAACUAAAUUGGAAUCUGAAUUGAAAUCUUAAACCUACUUAAAUUUACUUAUGUACUUAAAUCUACUUAAAUCUAUGAUUUGUUAGCAUCGCAGUUUCCUGGGCGAAGAAUAGGUGUAGGCCAGAUAACCGAUAAAAUUGGCAAGCAGACCGAGAAUCACUAAACGUAAGUUAGCGCAGGGUCUUACUAAAGAACAAUGAAUUAAGAUAGCCGUCCAAUUUCAGGAACUUUUUAUUCAAUAAAUCUGAAUACGGAGCCGGAAA